ACGCCCCCGCGGCGCGUGGCGGGGCUCGCGCGGCUUCCGUUUCCGGCGCGCCUCGCUCUGGUCCCUGCGGCGGCGGCCGAGCCUUGUGCCUCCGCCAUAUUGUCUGUGUGCGGCGGCGGCGGCGGCGGUAGCGGCCGCGCCAGGUGGAGGGAUCUGAGGCCUUUCUCCUCUGUCAGCACUGCAGACAGGUCGCCUCUGAUUUCACAUCGCGCUUCCGCCUGCCAAGCUGUCUGAUAUGUCGGGACCCGUGCCGAGCAGGGCCAGAGUUUACACGGAUGUGAACACACACAGACCCCGGGAGUACUGGGACUAUGAGUCUCACGUUGUUGAGUGGGGAAAUCAAGAUGACUACCAGCUAGUUCGAAAAUUAGGCCGAGGCAAAUACAGUGAAGUAUUUGAAGCCAUCAACAUUACAAAUAAUGAAAAAGUAGUUGUUAAAAUUCUCAAGCCUGUUAAAAAGAAGAAAAUCAAGCGUGAAAUCAAGAUCUUAGAGAACUUGCGAGGCGGUCCCAAUAUAAUCACCCUUGCAGAUAUAGUAAAAGAUCCUGUGUCUCGAACACCCGCUCUGGUUUUUGAACAUGUAAACAACACAGACUUUAAGCAAUUAUACCAGACAUUAACAGAUUAUGAUAUUCGAUUCUACAUGUAUGAGAUUUUGAAGGCUCUAGAUUACUGCCAUAGCAUGGGAAUCAUGCACAGAGAUGUCAAACCUCACAAUGUCAUGAUUGACCAUGAGCACAGAAAGCUCAGACUAAUAGACUGGGGUUUGGCUGAAUUCUAUCACCCUGGCCAGGAGUAUAAUGUCAGAGUGGCUUCCAGAUAUUUCAAAGGACCUGAACUUCUUGUAGAUUAUCAGAUGUAUGAUUACAGUCUGGAUAUGUGGAGCUUGGGUUGCAUGUUGGCUAGUAUGAUAUUCCGAAAGGAGCCAUUUUUCCAUGGCCAUGACAACUAUGAUCAGCUGGUGAGGAUAGCCAAGGUUCUGGGGACAGAAGAUCUGUAUGACUACAUUGACAAAUACAACAUUGAGCUGGAUCCACGUUUCAAUGACAUUUUGGGCAGACACUCCCGUAAGCGAUGGGAGCGCUUUGUCCACAGUGAGAACCAACAUCUGGUGAGUCCAGAAGCUCUGGAUUUCUUAGACAAGCUGCUGCGAUACGAUCACCAGUCACGACUCACAGCAAGAGAAGCCAUGGAACACCCCUACUUCUACCCCAUUGUGAAAGACCAGGCUCGGAUGGGCUCGUCCAACAUGCCGGGUGGCAGCACUCCUGUCAGCAGUGCGAGCAUGAUGUCAGGGAUUUCUUCAGUGCCAACACCUUCACCCCUUGGACCUCUAGCAGGCUCACCCGUCAUCUCUGCCACCACCACGCUGGGGAUGCCGGUUCCAGCCGCUGCGGGCGCCCAGCAGUAGUGACGGGCUCUGUCUCCUGCUGCCUGAGCUGAGUCAGGUGGGGAAGAGGUUUCCCCCUCCACCUCUCCUCAGGACGCAGCUCGUGCCUGGCAGGGGAAGGGAGGGGAUGAACGCUUUGGAGACACCGUGUCUGAACUGUUGCUUGUGGAUUUAUAGUAGUUCAGUCAUUAUAUACAAAAUUAUUAUAGGCUGAUUUUUUUCUUUUUUUACUUGAACUUUUCGUAACUCAGGGGAUUCCCUGAAAAUACCUACAGAUGGAAUACUUCUUGGACAGUUUUUCUUUUCCCCCUCCCCCACCCCUCCCAAAAAAAAAAAAAACUAAACAAAACAACUCUUCAUGUAAUAACAAAGAUGAAUCAACAGCAUUUCCAAGCUCUUGCAUCCUGCUGGAAAUCUCUUCUCUUCAUGUUCCCACCAUUAUUCCUCCACAAGCCUUGGGGGAUUGUGCUGUUCUCCAGAGACUACCAAACCAAGUCUUCAUGAGGCAGGGGAGGGGAUUCUUAAAGUGCCACUCACGUGAACCCCGUGUCCUGCCUAUGUCCCAGCCAGGGUACACUGAGGAGACAAUUCCAGUAGGGAGAGGUGGGAUAAGCUUAAAAGGAGUAAGUGCAGAUAGUGUCCAAAACCCUAAUUGGAUUGGAUAAUGUCUCCUUAGGAGUCAACCAGAAUGCUAACUCACCCCUUGCAUGUAAUUUUAGUCUUAAAAAUGAAGUUACUGAUCCAGUUGGAGUCCUUGGCACCUCCUGAGACAGGUGCUCCUGUAGAGUAAGCCCUGCUCUCAUCAGCCCCUUUCUCGUGGAGGGUUCUUCCAGCCAUUGCUUGGCUUGGAUCUCUGGAAUUAAUUUGUUAUUGGGUAUAUUGUUUUUAAAUUGUUUCUAUAGGUUUCGAGCUGGUGGCUACUUAAAGCUGGAAAAAUCAGACUGCGCCAAGUCCGAUCCCACAUCUUCACCCACCAUCCCCUCCCUCACGUGCCAUGUGGUGAGAAUACCAGUUACCUCACAGUCUUGUAAAUAUGCACUGAGAGGAAGGAGCCAGGAGACGUUAACUUAAACUGAAAUGGUAGAUCAGUAAUUGUGGACAAAUAUUAUCAUUGACAACGGAAAAGCACCCUUGUUACAGCCCUGCUACCCCUUGCUGUGUAUAUAUACUUUGUCCUUCAUAUGUGAAAGAUCCAGUGUUGGAAUUCUUUGGUGUAAAUAAACAUUUGGUUUUAUUUAUC